CGCAACAGCCUUGGAUGACGUCGCACACGCUGGUCGCAACUCUGUCAACCUAGGCGAAGGGCGGCUCGAGGCGGGCGAGGGAAGUGCAAAAGAGACACCUGCGGAAUCCGGGUCCAUCGAAUGGCUACAAAGACCCGUGGGGAGCCACCGGACGAGGAACCGACGGCUAAUACCACCACCUUUGACCGCCUUUCAAGAAGCAAAGCAUCCCAGCGACUUCUGCUGGUUGCCCAGAUUGUCUUGUUUACUAUCAUCGUGGCACAGUUCAUCAUGAUGUACAGAAGCUAUGUUGCUGCCGCUGCGCUGGCUCUCGUUGGCAAUGCUCAGGCCACGACUACGACCACUCUGAAGAGCUCCACCACCACUGCCGGUCCGGACUACUACAACACUGAUCCGAACUACUACCCUGGUCCGACGCCCACUGGCGCGGCAGCUUUCCUAGCUCAGUAUAAUCCGGCUCCCUUCGCAUCUGUAUCCUACAUUCCGAACAGCCCACUCGAGACUCAAGUUCCCAUCGUGGGCAACACCAACCAUAGCAACAUCUACCAAUUGCAUGGCCAGCUAUCUCACUACUUCCUGAACCCGGACGGUUUCGGGGUGCACGAGUACUCGCUGCCACACAAUGCGUCCAUUGUUCAGCUGAAUAUGUUGUCCCGCCAUGGUUCUCGCUACCCGACCACGGGCUCCGGAGCGCCAACCUUGGCCGGAAAGCUAGGAAAUUACACGAAUGGCACUCUCGGCCACGCUCACUUCAACGGAUCGUUGGACUUUCUCAACACCUGGACCUACAAGCUCGGCGCGGAGAUUCUGGUCCCAAUCGGCAAGCAGGAACUUUUCGACUCUGGUACUCUGCAUCAGAUCAUGUACGGUCAUCUCAACCCAAACAAUGGCACUAAGAUCAUUGCUCGAUCCACCACUCAAAGCCGUAUGCGGGAGUCUGCGGAGUAUUUCCUAGCGGGUUUCUUCGGUCUUGGAUGGACGAAUAAUGCAAGCUUGGUACUAUCGAUUGAAGGGUCAGGACCGCCAGCCUGGAACAAUUCUUUGGCGGGCUAUUUCAACUGCCCGAACUCAAACAAGCCCCGCUUCAACGCGAACAGCACUGGUUUCGACUGGACUGUUGUUGAUGUCUACAACGCCCAAUCGCUGUGUGCAUACGAAACAGUCGCGCUCGGCUAUUCUUCAUUCUGUGGCCUCUUCACCUACGAAGAAUGGGAAGGCUACGAAUAUUCCAUCGACCUCCAAUUCUCCGGAAAUAACAUGUUCGAGUCGCCCACCGGCCGCGGCGUCGGUAUCGGCUACGUUUCAGAAUUCCUCGCUCGUCUCCAGCACCAUCUGAUUACCAAGCCCACGGCGCAAGUCAACGUCACCCUGGACAGCAACCCGGCGACGUUCCCCUUGUACCAAUCCCUCAACUUCGACUUCUCCCACGACACCAACAUCGCCGCGAUCUUGACUGCCUUUGGUCUCACUCAAUUCGCCAAAGUCCUGCCGACAGACCAUAUCGAUCGGAACCGACCGCAGAUCGUGUCGCAUCUCACUCCGUUCGGCGCUCGUCUUGACGUGGAAAUCAUCGAGACUCCAAAGCCUCUUUCCGGGGACCGCAAGGCUGGCGUCAAGUAUGAUGAGGGUAGCACGACAAGAUACGUCCACUUCAUCCUCAACCAGCGCACUAUCCCGCUUGGCGCAAGCUUUAGCAAAUGUGGCAAGCGCGAUGAUGGAUGGUGUGAGCUUACCACUUUUAUGGAGGUGCAGUCGACCAAGCUGGAGGAGGCGAAGUAUGAGUACAGCUGCUUUGGCAACUACACCGCGUUGGGAUAUGGCAACGUUACCAAUGGUGUGCCGGUCAACUGA